AUGGCAUCUAAGCGGCAUGUUCAAUACAGUCGUCUUGCUGGUGAUGAUGAUGAUUAUGGUAGUGGUGGGCAACACGACCGUAGAUUUGAAUUUGCACCGAAAUCCUUUGAUAAAAUCCCUUUGAAAUCCAUUGCCCUCGCGCUUUUCCUGCUGUGUCUUGGAUGCAUGCUUCUCUUUCUAUCCUUCUUCAUCUUCACAGGUCACAUUGGAGGAGAACUGUCCCAAGCUUAUGGCCUUCGAGGACUUGGAAUCCUCGCCUUCUUACUGAACCAACUAAUGGCUGGAGGAUUUUACGAGACUCGAAUUGCAUAUUAUUCAUGGAGGGGUGCCCAAGGCUAUCGUUUCGCCUCCAUCCCUGAUUAUUGA